AUGUCUCGCUAUAAGCACAAUCUAACCAGCUGCAUAGAGCCAUCAACGGCAACAGUUCUUGGAAACGUUGCAAACUGCAAUCUCGACGAUUUCCAGAAGGCAAUCAAGAGUGCCGAAAUAGCCCAACAAGAGUAUUACGAGAACACUUCUGCAAGCCAACGCGGCGUGUUGCUUCGCAAGUGGUACGACCUGGUCAUUGCCAACCAAGAUGACUUGGCUGUGAUUCUAUGCCUCGAGAAUGGAAAGACAAUCUCCGAGGCCAGAGGGGAAAUCAUCUAUGCUGCCUCAUUCAUUCUCUGGUUCUCUGAAGAAGCCCCACGCGCCUACGGGCACACAAUUCCCUCCUCACUCCCCGACACCACCCUGAUGAGUACCCGUGAGCCUAUUGGCGUAUGCGGCAUCAUAACCCCGUGGAACUUCCCCGCCGCGAUGAUCACCCGCAAGGUGGCCCCCGCCCUUGCGGCUGGCUGCUCCGUUGUCGUAAAGCCCCCCAGCGAGACCCCUUACAGCUGCGCCGCCUUUUCCAAGCUGGCGAUCGAUGCGGGAAUACCUGCCAGAAUCUUUCAGAUAUGCCCGACCAAAGACCGUCAAGCUGCCACUGAGCUCGCCACGAACCCUAUUGUCCGGAAGAUCAGCUUCACUGGCUCUACGGGUGUUGGAAAGCUUCUGGCAAAGCUCGCGAGCCAGAGCUUAAAGAAACUGAGCCUUGAGCUUGGUGGAAAUGCGGCUUUCAUUGUAUUUGAUGACGCUGAUUUGGAUGUCGCCGUGGAAGGCGCUAUUCAAUGCAAGUUCAGGUGUUCCGGCCAAACAUGUGUCUGCGCCAACAGGCUCUUUGUUCAGCGCAAUGUGGCCGCCGAGUUCACCCGGAAGCUCACUGAACGAGUUUCCCAGCUGAAGAAUGGGCCUGGUCUGGAUCCUAGCGUGACACAAGGUCCGCUGGUCAACCGAUCCGCCGUUGACAAGGUUAUAGAGCACAUUAAUGAUGCUGUUAGUAAGGGAGCCAAGGUUGAGCUCGGCGGCAAUCCUCUUGACAACAACCCCGGCUUCUUCUUUCCUCCCACGAUUCUCUCGGGAGUACCCAAGGACGCCAUGGUUGCCGGUGACGAGACUUUUGGUCCGUUGGCGCCCAUCUUCACCUUUGAUACGGAGGAGGAAGUUAUCAAAAUGGCCAAUUCGACGGAGUUUGGUCUUGCAAGCUACCUGUUCAGCGAAAAUGUAAAUCGUUGCAUGCGUGUAUCCAAAAAGAUUCAGGCAGGGAUGGUUGGAGUAAACACAGGCCGAAUCUCUGCUAGUGAGGCACCUUUUGGCGGCAUCAAAGAAAGUGGCUACGGAACAGAGGGCAGCCUCUACGGGAUGGAGGAGUAUCAAGUGAUCAAAUCUACCAUCAUUGGGAACACUCAUCGUUAA